AUGGAUUCUGCCGUCUCCAUCUGCUCGAGCGAGGGAAGUUGUGGGAGCCUGGUCUGCCUGCCCGGUUCUUGCAAUGUUUCAUCGUAUGCCCUGGACAACUGCCAAGAGACCUGCUGUGAACCUCCCUGCUGCGUGCCAUCCUGUUGUGAACCCAGCUGCGGCCAGCCCGCUUGCUGCAGCACGGUGUGUUGCCCACCCACCUGCCGCAUGGCUCUCCUCUGCCAGCCAGUUUGCCAGCCAUCCUGUGGCCCCAGCGUCUGCCAGUUGGGCUGCACCGAUUCUUGCUCACCAUCUUGCUGCCAAGACUCUUGCGGGCAAGACUCUUGCUGCCAAGACUCUUGCGGCCAAUCUGCCGGUUGUGAAGACUCUUGCUGCAUUCCCGUUUGCUGCAAGCCGGUCCGCUGCGUCCCCGUGUGCUGCAAGCCAGUCUGCUGUGUGUCCACCCCCUGCCCGAGUGCCUCCUGCGGAGACUCUCUCUGUGACCCCACGUGUUGCCGCCCCGCUUCCUGCGUAUCCCUCCUCUGCCGCCCAGUGUGCAGCCACCCGGUCUGUUGCGUGCCCGUCUGCUGCAAGCCAGCCGGCUGCGACUCCAGCUGCUGUGCGCCUGCCCCACUCCAGCCCACGUGCUGCCGGCCUGCCUCCUGCGUCUCUAUGAUCUGCCGACCCAUCUGCAGCCGGCCCGUUGGCUGUGGGGUCUCUUCUGGACAGAAGUCUUGCUGCUGA